AUGGAGUUCCUUUCUGAUGAGAAUGAAGUUGCUGCCCAGUACGUGCUAUUGUUUGUACGCGAAGCUGUACACAAACUUCCACAUUUGAAAGAGACUAUACUUCAUUCUUUGCAGGAAGGACUUCCAUCUAUUAGAAAGCCAAAAGUGUUUAUGGCCGCUCUUUGGAUUCUUGGGACAUACUGUGAGAAUGACGCAGCUGUGCUUUCUGUCCUUCGCCUUGUCAAAUCGUCCCUUGGUGAACUGCCGCUUGUUGAAAGUGAAAUGCGUAUGAUGGAAGGGGAAGAACCUGCGCAAGAAGAGAUGACUGAUAAGAAGACAACUACCAAGCAAUUAGUCACUGCAGAUGGCACUUAUGCGACACAGUCUGCUCUUUCAGUAUCCAGCAAGACUACUAACAAGGAGAAACCUCCGCUCAGGUUUGUACGUUCUUCCUUUGGUUGUAAAAAUUAG